UUUACUCUGGAUAUUUUCACUUUCGGGGCAUCUUGUUCUGAGUCAAGAUUCCUCCUUCUGAACAUGGGACUUUCCAGAAGGACCACAGCCUCCUUCCGUGUGUGCACUUGAUUCCAGAUGCUCUGUUGAAGGAGUCUGUUGGCCUCUCGGGAGAAGGAUGGCCAUGUGGUCCCUGCGGAACCUGCUCCUCUGGGAAGCACUGCUUUCCGCCGCAGCCUCCGGCACCCAAGUGCACGGCCAGGUCGGGGGCUCCGUGCUGCUGGUGGCAGAGCGCCCUGCUGGCUUCCAAGUCCGAGAGGCCAUCUGGAGAUCUCUUUGGCCUUCAGAGGAGCUCCUGGCCACGUUUUUCCGGGGCUCCCCAGAGACUCUGUACCGCUCCCGCUUCCUGGGCCGAGCCCAGCUUCACAGUAACCUCAGCCUGGAGCUCCAGCCACUGGAGUCCGGAGACAGCGGCAACUUCUCUGUGCUGCUGGUGGACACAGGCGGUCGGGCCCGGACCCAGAUCCUGCAGCUCAAGGUGUAUGAUGCAGUGCCCAGGCCCGUGGUACAAGUAUUCAUUGCCGUAUCAGGAGACGCUCAGCCGCCCAAGACCUGCCAGGUGUUCCUGUCCUGUUGGGCCCCCAACAUCAGUGACAUAACAUACAGCUGGCGACGGGAGGGGACCAUUGACUUUGGUAUUGAACCAAGCGGCCUCUUCACGGAUGGACAGGUGCUGAGGAUUUCUUUGGGACCAGGAGACAAGAGCGUGGCCUAUUCCUGCAUUGUCUCUAACCCUGUCAGCUGGGACUUGGCCACCGUCACCCCUUGGGAGAGCUGCCAACGCGAGGCAGCCCCAGGAAAGUCCUCCUACAAAGACGUGCUGCUGGUGGUGGUGCCCAUCUCCCUGCUUCUGACCCUGGCUGGUCUCCUCUCUGCCUGGCACUCCUACUACUCAGGGAAAAAGCAGAAGGACGUCUGUAUUGACAGAGUGGCUCCAGAGACAGAGAACCCCCUUGUGUAGGCUCUGCCAUGAAGGAGGAUAUAAACUGCUGCCUGGACCAUUGGGAAGCCCACUGCCCAAACACAUGAUGCUCUAGAACGUAGCUGGGUCUGGAAACCACCAUGGUCCUUGUAUCUCCCAUGAGACUCCUGUCCCACCUCCGGGAGCAGCCUAGACAGCUAUUGCACUGGGAGCCACCAGACAGAAAACACUAGCACAACCUUCCACAUCCCCCUCCCCCCUGCUCCCACCCUGCUCCUGACUCUGCUUGGGGCAAGAUAACAGACCAUCCCCUCAAAGACGCUGUAAGUUCUCCAGGAUCCACAGGGACAUUGAUGGUCCAGGUCAUUCACCACCCCCACCACCACUCAUGAAGUAUUGUUGUAGACAGAAUUUGUCUCCUCCAAGUCCAUUUGUUGAAGUCCUAACCCCCAAUAUCUCAGACUAUGACUGUAUUUGGAAAUGGACUUCAAAGAGAAAAUUAAUUAAAACGACAUGAGGUCAUUGGGAUGGGCCUUAAUCCCAUAUGACUAGUGUCCUUAUAAAAGAGGGAGAGACACCAGCGAUGCACACAGAGAAAAGGCCAUGGAAGGACACAGAAAGAAGGAAGACAUCUACAAGCCAAAGAGAGAGGCCUCAGAAGAAACUAAACCUGCUGACACCUUGGUCUUGUGCUUUUAGCAUCCAAGACUAUGAGAAAAUAAAUUUCUGUUGUUCAAGCCACUCAUUCUGUGAUAUCUUGUUAUGGCAGCCCUAGCAGACCAACGCAAGCAUUAACUAACUGGCACCAAAGGAUUGCCUCCAGUCUGGGUCCCAGACUCUAAAAAACAUUAGACGUUUGAACUAACAGAGGAACUCUGAAUCACCCACUUCCAGCUCUGGCCCCAGCCCCAGCCCAGCCCUUGUAGUUUGAGACCAUGAUGUUUCCUGAUGUCCAAGCCAUUAUUAUAAGAAAAGAUCUAGAAAUAGAUGAAGGUGAGAGAUGGGGGACAGGGGAUUCUCUUUCCAGCAUGAAGGACUAUUGGAUCAUCUGAGUUCAUGGCCCUUCAAAGGUAAUUUGCAGGUAGAGACAAUCAAGGGAUGGUUGACAUAUCCUGGUUGGGAUGGGUGCCAUUUUGCAGGUAGCAUCUUAUGAAUGACAUUUUCACCAUCUCUGCUGACCACCACACCUCCUGCAGGAUCUGGGGCUAGGGUUUGAGAUUCCCUCUGCAGUCUCUAGCACAGUGACCAGGGAAAGAGAUAUUAAAUUUGCCCCAGCCAACGGGAAGCUCUCGUACAGCUUCAAGAAAAGCAGCUCAACCUGAGUGUCUCUGCCUAAGACCAAGAGGGCGAGGAGCCAGAAGAGCUGAACAGAAAGGCAAGUAUCGAGGGAACAGGGGCUGAGACAUCCUGGAAUCUGCUACACUCGUUUUCAGAUGCAAGCACAGAAGAUCCCCUCAUGUUCCAGGGGAAGAGACAAAGACUCCACCACUCGGUGUGAAGAUGGCAAAGGUCGCUGUCACCGAAGAGUAUGUGGGUUGGAAGCUGUGAUUGUGUCCUUCUUUGGAAAACAGUAUCUGCCACUAAGUGGUUCUGUCUGGAAAAACUCUGGGACAUCGCCAUGGGAAACUUCUACUUGGGGCUUCGUGGAUGGUGAGUUCCACCGUUACUCCCUCCCAAGUAUAACUGGAUUCUCUUCUGGGACCUCCAUCAAGGCUUGAUAAUAGAGAGGAAGGAGGCAUUAAGAAACAGGGGCAGACUUUGAAGUAUGUUCCCAGGACAGCUUCCAUCACCCCACCCACGAGGUCAGUCCUUGUGCAAGGAUCUCCCCACUUUCCCCCAGGUUCUGCUCAGUCACCUCAUCUUCGACAAAUGGUCAGCACAAUCGGCUUCUAGAUUCACAUCCUCACUCAUCCACUCAACUCAUUCUGGAAUUUCCCUGCUUUCUGGCUCCGCUCAGAGGUCCCCAGCUGGUCACCAGGUUUCAUCUUGUCCUCUUGGCUUUCCUGCACCCACUUUCUCCCCUCACCUGCCCCUGAGUCCACCCGAACCGUGCACAUGGCCUCCCAACCUGGCAGCUUGUGCUGCCUCCACCUGCCACCUGGGGGCACUCCCCGUGGCCACCAACUCCUCAUGCAAAGCUGGCCUCAGUCCUAAGAAUGAUGGGAAAGAGAAAGCCCAUCUAGCAAUGAGCCAUGGUAGUUACGUGGGGGAAACACACACACACCCCCGAUAGCCCCCACCUUUCUUCCCCUCGUCUCUUGGGCCCCCACCUCAGAUCAGAGCAAUUCUGGGUGGGGUGGGGCCCACAGUUCUCCCUUCAUGAGUUCACUCUCAGUGACCUUAUUCAGUGGUUUGAUGGUGUGCCGCACUAGGGCCUUUUUAAAUAGAUCCGCGCUGCUCAGAUAAACGGAUGUUCCCAUCCCUCGUGAUUCUCUUCUCAACUAGUGGACUAAUGAACCCUCCCUCCACCAAAAAACUCAAAGUACUUCUGAGAGAAGAAUGUUUGUGCCAACAAGCGUUGGCAUUGAUGGUGCAAAGGUCACACAGAACAAACAUCGAUUGAAGGUUCAGCGUGUGCUGGGUACAGCUUGAGGCCCUAGGGAAUCAGAGUGAAUAAUGCAAUGUCCUUCCUUCAUGGAGUUUCUAUUCUGGAAAGACAGGAGGCAAGGAAGCAUGUGUCAGAUGUCGAUGGGUUCUAGUAAGAAGAUAAAGCUGAAUGAAAGGCUAGAGAACAAUGUGUCAGGGAGAGGGAGCCCACCUCAGACAGGUGAGCGGAGUGAACCUGCCGUGGGUGAACAGAGUAACCCGGACACCAGAAGGUGCAAAGGCCCCUAAGUGGGAGCAUGGUUAGUGUUUUCAGGAAAUAGAGUGAAGGCCAGGGUGGCUGGGGUCACAACAGAGAGGGGGCGGUAGGGGAGAGUGCCAUGGGGAGGAACCUAGUGGUGGCCUGCGGCCACAGCACAUGGGACCUUGUGGUCUUCAGAACACACAUCUCUGGGGUUAGGGUAGCAAGGAGCACCCCUGUCUGGAGGUCAGAUUCCUCCCAUGACGACCUUUACACCAUUAUUUCCGGUGGGCUCAUGGUCAGACCAGAACUUGUCCCUUUGUUUUACCAUUUCUUUGUUUUCAUUAAAUUUUCCUCGAGCAUGAGCCUUCAUACCUGCCCUCCUGUGCAAAGCACAAAACCAGGAGCUGCUAGGGCGUCAGGGUUGUGUGACAUGAUGUCAGAGAGAACGGAGAGGGGGCAGAGCAAAGACAAGGGUGAGCCAGACAUGUUUAUUUUCUUCAGUAGAGAUGGGAACACCCAGUGCCUCAUUUAAAAAAAAUUUUUUGUGGGGCACCUGGGUGCCUCAGUUAGUUAAGAAUCUGCCUUCGGCUCAGGUCAUGAUCUCAGGGUCCUGGGAUCGAGCCCCGCAUCAGGCUUCCUGCUCAG